AUGUGGCGAGGCACUCGAAGACAGUUUUCAUCGCCGAUUGUAUUAUUGGGAGCUAGUGGGGGAAAGAGAGCUAUUUAUACCCUUGCUUUUGCUGGAAUCAGUGGCAUUUAUGGACUUUUUUUUGAAAGAGAAAAUAAAAAUCAAAAUAAUGAGUUACAGCAGCCACCUCUUGAGUAUAUAAAAGAUCCAGAUUUUGAGGAAACACACCACACAAAUAUUGAAGAAUUCGUUUUUAAUCAAAUUCCAGGAAUAAAUGAUAAGCAAAGAUUUAUGGAUUUUAUUUGUGAAAACCUAAACUGCUCAAAGCUUUCAAUUGACAUAAAUGAUAAAAAAUCUAAUUCUGUAGCAAUUGAUGCAGAAAAUGACACAAAUAAAGAAGUUUCUUUUGAUAAUAGUAAGAAUGACCAAAAUAAAAAUGAUAAAAUCGAAAAAGCUACCAUAGUGAAAGCUGAAAAUCUUGUUAAGAUUUCAGAAGCCAAAGAAGAAAGUCAUGAAAAUCAAUCGAAUUUAUUUAUUGCGAAUGGAAAUCAAGAAAAAGCACACUCCUUUGCAGAACUAGAGAAAGAUUUACAAAAAUCAGAAAAUCUAAAUAGCGAAGUUAUUCAUAAAAUGAUCUCAAGCAGUAUCGAAGAGUAUCUGCAAAAACUUAAACAGGAUCUGGAAAAGGACCAUGAAGAAAAAGAGUUAAGAAAUUUUAAUAUUUUUUUCGAGAAAUCAAAAGAGAUUAAACGAAGCUAUAAAGAAAAGCUUAAAGAAGUCAUUAAAAAGCAUGAAGAAGAGAUGAAAAUGGCACUUGAGCAAAGAGAUCAUAGUUGAGAAGAAAGGAUAGAAAAAGAAGUUACUGAUGCUGAAACGCAUUUUUGGAAACAAGCAAAAAUUAAUGAAUCUUAUAUUAUUCAGCAAGCUACUUUAGAAUUAAUUGAAAAACAUGAACAAGAAAUUCGGGAAAUAAAUAAAAAAUUCGAAAAAAUCACAGAAGAGCGAUUAAAGCAAUUGGAUGAAAUAUUAGGAAAGAUUAAUGAUAUGGAAUCAAGCCAAAAGCGGCAUUAUAAUAUUAUAAGCAAAUUAAACCAAGUUCAUGAGCUGCAUAUUCAUAUAGAAAAUCUUCAAAGAAAAGUCAAUAGCGGUCAAGAGACUUUGAAUUAUGAUCUUGCUGCUCUUAAAGAUCUUGCAAAAGAAGAUGAAAAAAUUAACUCAGUAUUAGCAUCUAUUGAGGAUGACUAUAAAGAAAUAAUUGAGCAUGGCAUCCCAACUAUGAGCCAAUUGCUUAAAGUAUUCAAGGAGUUUGCUAAUAACAAUAAAAAAAAUACCCCUUUAAAGUCUGAUAAUUGAUGAAGUUCCUGCCAUAAUUUAAAUAUGGUGUCUCAGCUUACAGCGGUAAGCUAAAAAAAUAUAUUCCGUUAAGGUUUUUAAUGGCUCAAAAAAAUACAGCUAUGAUAGAUAAGCAAUUCCUGUAUUUAUGGAGCCUAACCCUAGUCAACUUUCAGGCUUUGAUUUUAUCUCAAGGGAGAUGAGACUCAGAAGUUGGGCAGCCCAUGCCUACAGGCAAGCUCUCCAGCGUGAAAACAGGAGUUAUGCCCUGGUCUAAGAAUUUACCUUUUUUCCGAUGGUCGACCAGAAAACCCAUUUUUUGGAUUUUUGUAUGGAUAACCUUAUACUCCUCUCAAAUUGACCGCAGAAAUCCGAAGACUGCUGCUGACUCAACACUGAAGCUGGGAGGCAAGGAGGAGACAUUGUCAUCCCUGGCGGAGGCACGGUCUCAAAGCAAUGUAAUCUCCCUUGGAGAUCCUCGGUGAAUGCGCUACAACUAAUCUAGUGCUAUCUGCUAGUUUAAGUUAGGUUAAGUUUAAGAUGAAGUUAUCUGUCGACAAGCUUUACUUAUCUCUUUACCCGUUCAAAUAAAGAAGAAACUGAUCGUAAAGGUAAUUUGCUUCUUCUACAAGAAGCUGAGUCUGCCCUUGAAAAAGGAGAUUUAAAAGCAUUCACACAUAAUUUAGAAUCCCUAAAAGGACUAAAGCAAGAAGAAUUCAGCAAAAUUCUAAAGGACGCUUUUCUAAGACAAAGAUUUUUGAAUUUUUUAGAAAUUUUAUCUUCUGAGUCCAUCUCCUUACUCUCCCCUUAAAUAGCGAGCAAGUUUUUUGUUUGUUAAUUAAGGGGGAUUCAUUUUUUUAAAAUAAAAUUAUUUUUGCAGAUUUUAAAAAUCCAAAUUUGUAUAAUGCAUUGCAUUUAUUGUGGAUCAGGCUCCACACGUGAAAUAGCUUCCACAAUAUAUUUUUAGAACAAAAGCCGUUUAAAGUUUUAAUAAAUAUGGUUAGGAUUUCAUUAUUACAAUUACUAAUUAUAAAUUCAAAUAUAGCUGAUACAAAAAUGAUUUUUUAAAAAUAUUUUACUUCCUAGCAAAUAAAUUUUUCUCACUAACCAAAGGAAGGCUUAGUUAAAAGCUUGACCUCUCAAUAA